UUGCUCGAUGAACUCAUGGGCGCAUCUCGUAAUUUAACUGAAGAAGAGAGGAAGGGGUAUAAGGAACUCACAUGGGAUGACAAGGAAGCUUGUGGGUUCUAUAUGGUUCGGUUUUGUCCCCAUGAUUUGUUUGUAAACACUAGGAGUGAUUUGGGGCCAUGUCCAAAAGUUCAUGAUCCGAAGCUGAAGGAAAGUUUUGAGAAUUCCCCAAGGCAUGAUUCGUAUGUUCCCAAGUUUGAAGGAGAGCUUGCUCAUUUCUGUGAGAAGUUGAUCAUGGACUUGGAUAGAAGAGUUAAGCGUGGUCAGGAACGUCUUGAUCAAGAUGAGGCAACACCCCCACCUCUCCCCAUUUCGACAGAAAAGUCUGAGCAGUUAUCUCUUCUGGAGGAAAAGAUUAAGAACUUACUGGAACAAGUGGAGUCUCUUGGUGAAGCUGGACAGGUGGAUGAAGCUGAAGCGUUGAUGAAAAAGGUGGAACUGCUUAAUAUUGAAAAGAUAUCAUUGACUCAUAAGUCCCAGCAAAGCCACUUGUUGAUGAUGGCACAGGAUAAAAAGAUGGCAUUGUGUGAAACAUGUGGCUCCUUUUUAAUUGCAAAUGAUGCUGCUGAGAGGACUCAGUCUCAUGUCACUGGCAAACAGCAUGUUGGUUAUGGCAUGGUUCGAGAUUUCCUGUCUGAAUACAAGGAUGCACGAGAGAAGGCAAGGGAAGAGGAAAGAUUGGCAAGAGAGAAGGAAGCAGAAGAAAGAAGAAAACAAAAGGAGAAAGAAUAUGACAGCAGGCGUAAAAGCGGUGGUGGUUCAUCUGACAGGGAUAGGCAUCGCGACAGGGAGGAGCGUGAUCACCACCGUGAAAGAGACCGAAAUUCAAGGGGGGCUCGCGACAGAGACAAGAGCGGUUCAGAUUGGAAGUACAGUAAUUCCAGAAACGGAAGGGACCGUAACAGAAACCGUGACAGAAGCAGGUCGAGGUCACCGGUGAGGACUAGUGGUCGCAGGAGCUCAACUAAGAGUCCAGUCCGCCAAUAUUAGAGGAGGUGUUAUAAGGAGAUAUAGACAUCUCAACUUUGAAAAAGUGGAGGUAGACCAUUCUAUUAUUACCUCAAAAAGUUAUCCUGAAUGUUGUAUAAGAAGAUCCAUCUGUCCAUCUCUUCAUGUGUGGAACUGUUUUUUUGAUCUCACAGCAAAGCUUUUUUGAGACUAUAAUGAUCUCUCCCCCCUAGCAUCAAUGUAGAGGAGAAAGAGUUGAUGAGGUAGGUAUUGCUCUGUUGUCACUCUUAACUCUUCUAUUUUUCUGCUUUGUUUGAAUCAUCUGGUAUGAGAGUUUCCUUGACCCCCAACUCUUUUCGGGGUCGCAUUAUUAGCCAAACCAGAUCUGUUAGUUAGCAUUGGUAACUACAGCUGCUUAAGGAGAUCAUUCCUACAAUGAGGUAACCAUUACAAACCCCUGUUUAUCAACCAAGUCUGACCAGCAUGAAUUGUUACUAUCUCUUCUUUCUUUAUGGUGUCUUUGUAUUUUUUUCAGAACAAUGAGAGGAGUUAGUAUUAAACUAUUACUGUUAAUUUUUUGUUUGCAUAUCUGGCGUGUCAAUCGCAGCUCAUAUGAGAAUGCUUAAGCCUUGAUAUAAUUUCUAUAUGAUCCAAUGGUGGGGUUCAGAUAGGUAAAUUCACAAACUCCCUAUACCUUUAUUUGGCAGAGUUACAAAUGUGCAGUGACUUGCUGACGUGGCAGCAAGUGAUAAAGUGUAUAUUGUACAUCAGCAUGGUACAUCCAAAUGAUGAAAAGAUUAAUUCUAUGAUACAAAAUUGUUCCUUCUUAAAUAUAAAAUGAGCAUCUUUUAUAUUUGAAUGGGUGUUGCAUUGAAUAAGAAUGAUUAGAAAUAAAUAAGUUAUAUAAUCACGAUGAAAUGAACAUUCUUACGCUACUAAAAGAGCAAUUAUUUAUAAUGAUACAAAUGUACCAAGAUUUAAAUUUACAUCUGGAUGUAUUUUAUAAUUUGCCCCAUCAGUAUGAAAUGAAAGGAGACAUAUGGAGUGAUGAUUGAUGUAUCACCUCAAAGGUAGUUUACGAUUUGCCAAUGUUGGAAACUGUCAGGCUUAUGAAACUUAUAAUUUUAUUAAGUUUAUAAUUUAGUUGGCACCUGGUCAUGUGUUCCUAGUUGUCAUCAUCAAGUUUUAUCAAUUCCGCAAAAUGCCCCCAGAUCUGUAACCAGGGUUCUCAUGGAGGAUCUAUUCGUACACACAGGGAAUGGUGACAUGUCAUUAUUUUCAAAUAUUAGGUCCUGUUUAGGAGUAUGUAACACGCUAAGCAUGGGUUAUGUGGAUACAACAAUAACCAGAGUAUCAUUAUUUAGUAGGAUAUUAAUGAACCAUUCAUACAUGCAUCUGUCGGUCGGCUUAAGCGACUCUUUUGAAGAGGCCAAGUGGGAAUGUAUGUAAUGUAAUCUGUGUGUUAUUUAGCAUGUUACAGAAGGGGUUCUCUUAUUUAAACCAUUGUGAAUGAGUAUUAAUAUUUUAUA